GUGGCCAAUGGCCUUGAGGGCCUUGACCUUGGGACGGAGAAACAAGAGUCAGAUUAAUUAGGCCUCUUUACAUUCUCUCUCAUCUUCUUCUUUGCUGUCUGCAAUCUCGGAGAAAACACGUUGGACCAAUUCUUGGCUAUUUUAGCUUUACGUACGCACAAAUAUAUUUACAUGAAUGAGUGAAUGAGAACUCCGCCUUCUCUGCUCUCUCUCACAAUUGACUCAGCUCUCUUCAACCUAUCCAGCAUAUCCGAUCUCUCAACUCUCCCUGAACACAUUCUCAUCGAUCUCUUCCUGAAAACUCUGAGAGCUGGAAAGCUAAAUGAGAAAGUCUUGAAGCUCUUCAAAGCAACUGGCAAAGAUGAAAUUCUCUCACUAAUCCAGGCACUUAAUAUUCGGCAUACCCUCACCCCUGUCUUUCCUACCAGAUGCUCUGAAAGGUUUUGAGAUUGGGUGUUGUUGUGUGAGCACAUUGUAUAACAUUUUGAAGGCAAAGGUCCUUUAAUUAAACAAGGCCACACAAGUUUUGUUGUUUCUUGUUCUCUCAACGCCUGUUUGAAGAUGUCUAACACAAGCAUCAACGAUAAUGAGGUUGACAUCGUGAUUGCGGCAAUCAACUCCGACCUGGAGCCAUUCAUGAAUGAAUGGAGACCAGUAUUCUCCCAGUUCCACCUGAUUAUUGUCAAAGACCCUGAUAUGAAUGGGGAGCUCCACAUUCCGGAAGGGUUUAAUGUGGAUGUCUUUACUAAGUCUGACAUAGACCGAGUGGUGGGCUCUUCCACUUCCAUUCUCUUCUCUGGUUACUCGUGCAGGUACUUUGGUUAUCUAGUAUCGCGGAAAAAAUAUAUUAUCUCAAUUGAUGAUGAUUGCAUUCCCGCUAGGGACACAAAUGGUGAUUUAGUAGAUGUAG